AGGUUCAUUCUACGUGGAGGAUGCAGUGUUUCUGGAGCCGCAGCCACUUUGUCCUAUAACCAUUCACCGCCCAAAACUCAGCGUGAGCCCCGCCAGCUGUACGAGUUUCCACAACUCUGGUCCAUGGCUGGCCGUUGUAUCUGGACUGGGUUUCGUUGGUGCUGGACCCACAAACCCCGGCCACGCUAUGGCACUGCAGCUGCUUGCAGAUUGGUUGCGUUGCUCCGGAGAGUGGACAGAGAAGUCAGCCGACGGUCUCGGUGUUGUGCGCCUGAUGAUUCUUGGUGAUUCCAUCCAACCUUCUGGCACGCCAAACUCAUAUGGCUCUACAGGCUCAAGCUAUCUUACACAACAAGCUCGAUACCUAACACGCAAUACGGAAGCGGAUAGUGUCACCGCGAUGGCACGAUUCGACGCAUGGCUUGCUACUCUCCCACUUGGUCCUGGUUACGUACCCUCCUCCUCCUCUCCUUCGAAUUCCAGAAAUGGUUUGCCAGUCGAUGUUCUUCCAGGUCAAAUGGAUCCCACUCCGCAGUUGUUGCCGCAGCAGCCGAUUCACGCCAUGACUCUGCCCUUGGCCGUCUCCCGCGCUGGUGGUACCCGACGGGGUGGACUAUCUGGAAGAACCAACCCAUUCAUGAUCAAGGUAUUCGGUCGAAAGGUUUUGGCCACUUCGGGUCAGGGCAUCCUGGAUUUGGAAUUAUACAGCGAUUUGGAGACUCCCUGCGACCGAAUGGAAGCCACUCUGCUUUGGGGCCACUUAGCACCUACUUGCCCUGACACCAUACCGGGAUACCCAGUGGAGGACGAUUUGCUCCUGCUGGCACAGCAGCGCACAGAGAAAGGAGCUCUCAGCUGUUCUCCGGACUAUCCGGAUAUUUAUUUGGCCGGUUGCCAACCAGGCACAACUGUUCAAUGGCGACGAGCCGCUCUAACAUGGCGGCAAAAGAUGAGCACUGAACAAGACACUAAAAAGGGUUCUCUUUUGGUUGCUGUUCCCCGAUUCUCCCUCUCUUUUUCCUUUGUUCUGGUGCAUUUGGAAACCCUCGAUUGCCGAGUUAUCCGCUUUGACUGCAGUGCGCUGGACAGCGCUGACUAGCGUUUCCGCUAGUCGGACGCACAGUUUUUUUGCAUUUACACUUAUGGAUGUCACUCGUUUGUCAUCUUCAGAGCAUAACUAUGUUUUUUCCCGAAAAAUUUGUGGCUACCGUUUUUGCUUUUGGUAGCCACGCAACUGUCGCAUUUCAUCGAACUCAUUCCGAGUAACACGAGAAUGACAGGUGCAAUAUAUCAUAUCAGUUUGCUGUUCCCUUUA